GAAGCACGAUGGCGAGCAGCGACAGCAACCACGCCGCGGAGAGCUUCCUCGGCUCCGACGAGGACGAGGAGGCGACCCGGGGGCUGGAAACCGAGGAGGAGUCGGAGGGGGAGGAUGACGAGACGGCCGCGGAGUCGGAAGAGGAGCCGGACGCCAGGUUAUCAGACCAGGAUGAAGAGGGCAAGACCAAAGAGAAGUGUAUAAUCUCUGACCCCUCCUUUUCCAUGGUGACAGUUCAACAGGAAGAUAGUGGAAUAACCUGGGAAACCAACUCAAGUAGGUCUUCCACUCCUUGGGCUUCAGAAGAAAGUCACACUUCCGGAGUAGGUAGCUUGGAAGGGUCAACUCUGAAUUCUCCUCCAGGGAAUGUUUCCUUCAUUGUGGAUGAAGUUAAAAAGGCUCGGAAAAGAAGGCCUAAAUCAAAGCAUGGCUCACCAUCAUUACGUCGGAAAGGCAACAAAAAAAGAAAUUUUUUGGAAUCUCAAGAUGUUCCAGAAAACAAAAAAGAAAAUCCUUUAAUUUCAGAAAGCCAGGAACUAAACAUUCAAAAAGAGAUGUCAUCUAUUGGCAUUUAUGAUAAAAUAAGAAAAAAGACCACCUCCAAUACACCACCUAUUACUGGGGCAAUAUACAAAGAACAUAAGCCAUUUGUGUUAAAGCCAGUCUACAUAGGAACCGUACAAUAUAAAAUUAAGAUGUUUAAUUCGGUUAAAGAAGAAUUAAUUCCACUCCAGUUUUAUGGAACAUUACCAAAGGGUUAUGUAAUUAAAGAAAUACAUUAUAGGAAGGGGAAAGAGGCAUCCAUUAGUCUAGAGCCAGAUAGUGAUUCUAACAUAGUUUCCAAAACAGGCAAAUUAGUAGCCCAAAAUGUAGAAGAUGAUAAAAUAAAAGAGCUCACUUCACCUUGGAGAGGUGCACGCUCUUCCAAAGGGUCAAAGUCCCUGACCUCCUUAUUCAGUCAUGAAGAGCAAAAGAAAAUGCAUAUUGAUUCUCCCCAAAAGGGCACACCUGCCAACAAGCAUACAGUUUCCUCUUUUAUGAGUAAUGACACAGCACAACAAGAUGAGCUUAUCACCCCACCAUCAGUCCCAGGUGAUAAAGCAAAAUCCAGUGACAUGGAGGCUUCCUCUCUCAUACCUGGUGCAUCUGAGACUGUAUUCCUGGAAACAGCAAAGGAAGAAUUUGAGCCUGAUUUACAGGAAACUGUAAAUUCAGGGCUUGACUCUGCAGUCUCACCACUGUCAGUGGAUGAGGAAAAGAGGGAAGACAUGUAUUCUGAUGACCACUCCAUCUCACUGGAGGCAGAGAAGGAGUCUUUGGAAACAGCUUCACCAGGUCUGGCAGCAUCUUUCCAGGAAGGUUUUGGCCUAGAGAAAGAAGAACUGGACCUGGCUUCACUAGAAAAGGCAGAAUCAGUCUCUGAAGAACUGACUUCCUCACAUCCCAGUGUCAGAGGAGAGAAGGAAGAAAAUGUGCCUGAACCAUCCAUUUCUCUUUCUGAAUCUCUAGUGUUAGAAAAACCAGAGAAAGAAGAAAUAGAAACUUCUCUACCAAUAUCUGCUAUGCCUGAACCUAAAGAUUCUAACUUAGCAGAAGAAGAGUUCAUAGAAGAAGGUUACCCAGAGAGUCCAUUCAUUUCUGAGAAGCUCUUCCCUCCUCCUUUGGUCCCUGAAGUGGAGCAGAAGGAAGAGCAGCCCAUUCUUUCAAAACUCAUACCUACUCCUGAACAUGUCGAGUUGUCUGAGGAUGAAAGGGAGGAAAGUGAGUCUGUUUCUGUGGAUUCUGCUUUUGUGUCAGAAUGUUCAGUCCCUCAGGAUUUGAACCAUGAACUAGAGAAGCAAGAAGUCAAGUCAAUUUCUCCAUCCAGUGGUAAAGAUGUAUCUGAACCUGAAGUUUUGUCUGAAGAGAAUGAGGACCUUGAGCCUUAUUCCCCAGUGUCAACCUCUGCAUCUGAAUACUCUCUCCCACCAUCCACAACUGCAAAGACUUCAGAAGGCCAGUCCUCACUGUUUUCAGCAGCUACCCCAGAACACAUGGCCCUGUCCGAGGAGGAGUUCUUAGAAAGUGGGCGUCACACACCAGAUUCCACUUCUGUUUCAGAAUAUUCAGCUCCAUUACAUUCAGCAACACAGUCGCUAAAGGAAACAGUUGACCAUAUGUCCCCAUUAAAAUUGAAAGAUGCUUUUGAGCACAAGAUUCUGUCAGAAGAAGAGAAGGAAGACAUUGAGUUGUCUUCCCCAGAUAUGGCCCCUGCAUCUGAACAGUCUCUCCCACCAUCCACAACUGAGAAGACUUCAGAAAGCCAGCCACCACUGUUCUCAGCAGCAACACUGGAACGUAUGGUCCUGCCUGGAGAAGAGGCCCCGGAAAGUGAACUUCAUGCAGCACAGUCAACAUUGCCUUCCCACGCUGCAGCUCCACCAAAUGCAACACAGGAAUCCCCAAAGAAAAUAAUUGAAGAUGUUUCCCCAUUGAAAUCGAAAGAUGCUUUUGAGCACAAGAUUCCAUCAGAAGAAGAGAAAGAAGACACUGAGUUGUCUUCCCCAGAUAUGGCCCCUGCAUCUGAACAGUCUCUCUCACCAUCCACAACUGAGAAGACUUUACCACUGUUCUCAGCAGCAACACUGGAGCAUAUGGUCCUGCCUGGAGAAGAGGCCCCGGAAAGUGAACUUCAUGCAGCACAGUCAACAUUGCCUUCCCACGCUGCAGCUCCACCAAAUGCAACACAGGAAUCCCCAAAGAAAAUAAUUGAAGAUGUUUCCCCAUUGAAAUCGAAAGAUGCUUUUGAGCACAAGAUUCCAUCAGAAGAAGAGAAGGAAGACACUGAGUUGUCUUCCCCAGAUAUGGCCCCUGCAUCUGAACAGUCUCUCCCACCAUCCACAACUGAGAAGACUUCACCACUGUUCUCAGCAGCAACACUGGAGCAUAUGGUCCUGCCUGGAGAAGAGGCCCCGGAAAGUGAACUUCAUGCAGCACAGUCAACAUUGCCUUCCCACGCUGCAGCUCCACCAAAUGCAACACAGGAAUCCCCAAAGAAAAUAAUUGAAGAUGUUUCCCCAUUGAAAUCGAAAGAUGCUUUUGAGCACAAGAUUCCAUCAGAAGAAGACAAGGAAGACACUGAGUUGUCUUCCCCAGAUAUGGCCCCUGCAUCUGAACAGUCUCUAUCACCAUCCACAACUGAGAAGACUUCACCACUGUUCUCAGCAGCAACACUGGAGCAUAUGGUCCUGCCUGGAGAAGAGGCCCCGGAAAGUGAACUUCAUGCAGCACAGUCAACAUUGCCUUCCCACACUGCAGCUCCACCAGAUGCAACACAGGAAUCCCCAAAGAAAAUAAUUGAAGAUGUUUCCCCAUUGAAAUCGAAAGAUGCUUUUGAGCACAAGAUUCCAUCAGAAGAAGACAAGGAAGACACUGAGUUGUCUUCCCCAGAUAUGGCCCCUGCAUCUGAACAGUCUCUCUCACCAUCCACAACUGAGAAGACUUCACCACUGUUCUCAGCAGCAACACUGGAGCAUAUGGUCCUGCCUGGAGAAGAGGCCCCGGAAAGUGAACUUCAUGCAGCACAGUCAACAUUGCCUUCCCACGCUGCAGCUCCACCAGAUGCAACACAGGAAUCCACAAAGAAAAUAAUUGAAGAUGUUUCCCCAUUAAAAUCAAAAAGUGCUUCUGAGCACAAGAUUCCAUCAGAAGAAGAGAAGGAGGACAUUGGGUUGUUUUCCCCAGAUGUGGCCCCUACAACUGAACACACUCUUCCACCACACAGAGCUGAGGUGAACUCUGAAUGCCAGGCUCCAUCGCUUUCAGGCACUCUAUCUGAACAAAUGGUUCUAUCAGAAGAAGAGACAAUAGAAAUAGAACGGUACACACCUUCUUCCAACUCUGCUUCUGAGUUUUCAGUACCACCAUAUGCAACACCAGAAUCACAAGAGGAGGAAACUGACCACAGAUCUUUAAAUCUCAAAGGUGUCUUCUCACCCAUGAGUUUCUCAGAAGAAGAGCAAGAAGAUAUUGGACCUUUUUCUCCAGAUUCUGCAUUUGCGUCAGAAUUCUCAUUUUCACCCUCUGUGACUAGGGAAACAGAGAAAAGAGAAAUUGAGAGUGAUUCUCCAAUAUGUUUAACAUCACCAUCUGAACACACGAUUUUGUCAGAUGAAGACACUGAAGCUGAGCUUUUUUCUCCAGACUCAGCAUCACAAGUUUCAAUCCCACCAUACAGAAUCUCAGAAACAAAGAAAAGUGAAAUUGAGCCUGAUUUGCUGUUAACUGCAAUGUCUGCUUCAGGAUGUUCUGGCUUUUCAGAAGCAGAUGAAGAAGAAAUUGCACCAGCAGCUGCUACACCUGUACCCGAGCAUCUCAGUUCAUCACAGAAACAAAAAGUGGAAACUUGCCCUUCAAUAUCUGCCCGUGAAGAUGCAAGUCUGCCGCCUUCAACAUAUAAAACUGAGAAAGCAGAAAUUAAACCAGAUGUUCAAGCAACCUCAACAUCUGUAUCUGAAUAUCUCGUUUCAUUACAGAAGCAGAGAUCUCAAGCAUCUUCUGAACCUGAUUCUGAAGGCUUGAUUUCACCAGAUUUCACCAGAGUAUCAGAGAAGGGAGAAAUUGAGUCUAGUUCGCCACUAUCUGCAACACCCGUUUCUUUACCUGCACAAUCAUCCAUGGUAAAAGAAGAAUCCAAACCUGCAACUCAGUGUUCAGUGUCACCUGAUUCCAUUCGUGCAAUUGAGAAAGAAGCACCCAAAGCAUCACUCACUCCAAAAGCUGCAAAUGAACAGAUGGAUUUGCUAAAAGUUAAAAGUGAGGAAGAGAUGAUGCCUGAUUCUGCAGAAGCUACUGCACAUGGAUCACGGGAUCAAGAAAUGGAGCCUCUGCUUCCAAAUGUUCCAGAGUCUGGAAUGAAAUAUUCAAUUCUGCCUGACUUGGUAGAUGAGCCAAAGAAGGAUGUCAAACCCAGUUUAGCUCCAACCGUUUCGUCUGAACUAGAACAGAGACUGUUGUCAGAGAAUGAACCUGAAGUGAUGAAGUCGUAUUCACCUAUAUUGGAAACAUCUUUAUCUGGACUUGAGGUUUUAUCACCAGAGAAAGCAAAGGUGAAACCUGAUUCUAAGAUAACAGGUACAGCUGGAGAGCUACGUUCACCUUCAUUAGGAGUAGAAAAUGUAAUAAAACAUGGACCACCUGCAUCAAAAUUUAUACCAUUGUCAGAAGAAAUAAAGCAAGAUACUGAAACCAGUUCUUCAAUCACCACAUCUGUAACUGAGCAAGACUCAAGCUUAAAAAAUUUAGCAAAAGAAGAAAUCCCAGCAGAUUCAUCCAGUCCUAUAGAACAACCAGUCUUAACAAAAGUAGGAAAGAGUGAAUUAGGUAGUGGUUUGCUACCAACAGUAACAUCUAUAGAUAAACAUUCAGUUCUGAAAGAAGAAGAGAAGGGAGAAAUUGAAGGCAGUUCUUCUCCCGCUGACACUGCUACAUGGAAACAUUCAGCUUGGUCAGAAGCAGAGGGGGAAGUUAAAUUUGAUUCACCUCCAAGCAAAUUCUCUAUAUCAGAGCAUUCUAUUUUGUCAGAGGUAGAACCUGAAGAUUUUAAACCCGGGUUGCCAAUAACCCAUGUAUUGUCUUCUCAGCAUUCAGAUGUAUCUAAGGAAGAAAGGGGGGGAAAGGAACAAGGAUUUUCAUUUUCUGCAGUCCUUGACUCUGAAUGUUUGGUUUCAUCACAGAAAGAGAAUUCUGGGUCUGCCUCAGAGAUAUCAAGACGUGAACUUGGGCUUUCACUCAACCUAGGUGAUAAGAUAGAGAAAAAGGAAAUGGAACUUCCUUCCUCACAAAACGUGUCACUCGCAUCCAAACAUAUAAUGCCAAAAGACAAAAAUGAGGAAGUGGCAAAUUUUACUAAACUGGGAAAUUCAGUGUCAGAAGAGAUUGCUCCAGCAUUUCCUACCCUCAGUGAUGACAAGAACAAGGCAGUGGAGAGAGAAACUUUUAAAGAAACACAACUGAAGGAGGCCCUUAUUUCUCUUAAGGAUGAAAACUGGAUGUUAGACAAGCCUGAGCAGGAUCUAGUGAGUCAUCAUGAAGAAAGAGAACCGUCAUCUGUGCAACUGGGUACCUCUGGCCCCAGUGAUCUGGUGACAGGAUCACUCAAGCCUGUUCUAUCAGAUGAAGACCAUGCAGAUGAAACCAAAAAGCAGGUUUUGCCACAUUUUGCUGAAGAAUCACAUUUAUCAUUACGAGAACCAGUAUCUACUCUUGAUACCACAAGUGGUAACAUAGAGACCUCAUCAACUAAAACUUACUCUUCUGAAGAAAUAAGGCUAGCCCCCAAACCUAAAUCUUUAGUUCUAGCAGGAAAUGACACAGAAAGAAAGGAGAGCCAUUCUUUCGCGGGGAGUGAAAGUUCGAUAUUGGAGAGAGCAAAAUCAGAGUUCUCCAGAUCUUGCAAAGAAGACAACCAGGAAGAAAUCAAACUACCUCCUGAAAGAAUCUUUCAGAAACCAGUUUCUGGCUCAUCAAUGGAACAGUUCAAAUCAGAAACUAUUCCUUCUCCUCCCAAAGCACCGCAUUUCCUGGCAGAAGAUGUGGAAUCUGCGUUGGGCAAUGAAAAAGAAGCACAAAGGGGUAUAUCGCCUAUACCUGGAGAGAAACCAGUAGUGAACUCAAAAAUUGUUCAAUCAGUGGGCAUAGAUGAAACUAAUGAAAGGGAGAAACCUGAAGUGAAAAUACCCACACAAAUAAAACCUCUCUCCCCAGUCCAAAGUAAUGAAAAAUCUCAACUUCCAGAGUCACCUAAGGUGACUGAAAAGCUACCUGAGGUGACUCAAAAGCUGCCUGAGGGGCCAAAGGCAGUUGAGCCAAGCCCUUCUGAAGAAAAGGGAAAGAAAGGAAUUUCAUCUUUCACAUCAUGGAUGUCCAGUUUGUUUUUUAGAUCACAUACUCCAGAUAACAAAGUUGCUGAAAAAGAAGAUUUGGAAACUCAGCCAAGUCCAUCAGUGGAAAAAGCAGUGACUAUGAUGGAACCUAAAUCAGCUGAUGGUGAGGAGUGUCUUGGGAUUCAAUCUUAUUCCCCCAUAGGUGAGAAAUCCAUUAUGGAAGAAACCAAAAAUGCUGUUCCUCUUCAUGUCACUGAUAGUAAGAAAGUCCAGGCACCAGCAAUCUCUCCUCCAUCUAAAUGGAAUGUUUCUGUUGUUAACAAAAAGCCCAGAAGUGAUCAAAAAGAAAAAUUACUCUUUUCAUUUGAUGCAGUAGAUAAGGUGCCACAAGAGCCAAAAUCAGCUUCAUCUAGCUUCACAGGUGAAAAUAUCAUGAAGGAAUCUAAGGAGCCAGAGUCAAUAAUUUUGCCAGUAGAGGAAUCUAAAGGCAGUUUAAUUGAUUUUGGUGAAGACAGACUUAAGAAAGAAAUGCCAAAACCUACUUCCUUAAAAAUUGCUGAAGAGGAAAUAAAGCUCAGUUCUGUUAGCCCAACUGAAGAGAAAGAUAACUUGGAAACCAGAUCAUAUUCCUUGGCAGAAAAACAAGAAACUGUAGCCCCAUUAGAACUUAAAGAUAAUAAUGAAAUAAAACAGGCACAAAUUAUACAUGCAUCUAGCCCUUUGAAAUUGGAAGACUCAAAAACUGCAGCUGAGCUGCAACAGUCCUAUCAAGAUGAAGACCACAAAGAAAUAUACAAAAUUAUCAAGGAGGAGAAAGGAGAAGAAAAAGAAAAGCAAUUACAUGCAUUUUCAGAAAGAAAGAAACAGCAGGAAAUUCAGCCUACUGUGAAUGUAGAAGGCUACAUCAGUGAAUGUAAAACUACAUCAAUUACUGAAAAACCAGAAGCCAGGAUUUCAGAAGCUCACCUGGAAAUCAAGGAAACAAAGGCAGAAGAAACCCAGCCACACACAUUAAAAGAAAGUAAAGUGUUGGUGGAAAAAACCAAGACUUUCCUUCCAGUGGAUCUUCCUUAUCCUUGUGAAAUAGAUGACCACUCCUUACCUAAAGAUGGAAAUCUGGCACUGGAAAAGUCAAGCAGGGAUACAGUGAGUCAUAAUGAAGUAAAGGGACAGCACACAGUGUCAGAAUCAUCUCAAGUUUCUUUAGAUAUCACAAAAGAAAGUAUGAAACAAGGAUCUCAAUCUAAGGAAUCUGAAAGGAUCUUUGAUCGUCCUUUGGGCGAAACAAAGAGUUUAGAAACACAUCCAUAUCUGGUGCCAUCUGUGAAACCACAAACACUUGUUUCAGGAACUUCUCCAGAAAUUAGUACAGUGAAGAAACAAGAAAUACCACAGUCAGAAAGUACUCCAGAUAGGCAUACAGUUCAUACCAUUCAAACAUCUAAAGAUCAAACAUCUGAAAUAUCUAAACAAUCUGUUCUUGUUUCAAAGAGCCACUUGGAGACUACAGAAGAUGCCCAUGGAAAUGAACUACACUCUUUGCCAAGUAGCAACUACACUCAAUUUAUAGCUAGUGCAUCAGCAAUCAAUGCUAAUAAAGUGGUUUCUACUAGAGAAAUAUCCACAGAGCCUGAAGACACACAUGUAAAAGAUGAAUUUAAAGUGACUAGUAAGCCAGCUGGACUUUCAGAAGAUCAAAAGAGUGCCUUCAGUAUCAUUUCUGAAGGCUGUGAAAUACUGAAUGUUCAUGCUCCUGCAUUUAUUUCUUCAGUUGAUCAGGAAGAAAGUGAACAAAUGAAAGAUAAGUUAGAAUAUUUGGAAAAGAAGGCCUCAUUUAAAACUAUACAGCGCCAUGAUAAUGAGGCAGCUCCUUGUCAGAAAGCUAAGAGUAAGUUAGAAGAAUCUGAUGAAAAAGAAGCAUCAUCAAAAGAAAAGAAACAAAAGGAAACUCACGAUAUAGAAGAGGAGAUAGCUCUAGAUUCAGAAACUGGUGACUUAGCCUUUAAACAGCCUACAAUUUCCAGUGAAGAGGAUUAUUUUGAGAAAUAUACAUUGAUUGAUUAUAAUAUCUCCCCAGUGCCAGAAAAACAGAAGGCUCCAUGGAAAUUAAAUGUUAAAGCAGAACACUCAAAGGAAGUUACAGAAGAGGUUAUCUCUUUCCCAGAAAGUUCAGAGGAAAGUGCCCUAGAAAGUGAAUAUGACUUGGUGAAAUUAGAUGAAAGUUUUUAUGGAAUGGAAGAGGACCACAGCAAAUUAUCUCACCCAGAGACCCAAAAGUCUUUGGAUAUUCAAAAAUUAUCUGACGGAGUUGCUCCAAAGAGCAUAAAUAGAGAUGUGGACUCCAAGUCACCUGGGAUGCCUUUAUUCGAUGAAAAGGAAGGAGUUUUAUCACCAACCCAGAUAUUUCCUACCACUGUUAAGGCCAUUAAUCCUGAACUUCUUGAGGAGCCACCUGCACUUGCAUUUUUAUACAAGGAUUUGUAUGAAGAAGCAGUUGGAGAGAAAAAGAAAGAAGGGGAGACAGCUUCUGAAGGUGACAGUGUGAAUUCUGAGGCAUCGUUUCCUAGCAGAAAUUCUGACACUGAUGAUGGAACAGGAAUAUAUUUUGAGAAGUACAUACUCAAAGAUGACUUUCUUCAUGACACACCUGUAACUCAAAGGGACCAAGGCCAAGGUCUGGAAGAAAAACCAGUUGGUAAGGAUGAUUUGUACCAACAAAUCACUGCAGAAGGAAAAAUUGGGGGGAGGGUUGAAACUAUUUUGGGGAAGAAGAGUCUGGAAGAGGAGCGGAAAUCUGUUUACAAGGAAGGAGAAUCUGUACUUGAUGUGGAGACCCUUGACAAUGAAGCCAUGCAGAGGAAAAUUCCCAUCACUGAGGAAGUCAGAAUGGCUACCCAGAAGAUAAGCUAUGCAGUUCCAUUUGAAGACACCAAUAAUGUCAUGGAGAGAGUAGAUGAACCCGGCAGACAGAGUAAUGAUGGAGGAAGUGCAAGUACAGAGGUCAAUCUGAACAUCCCAGUACAAGUGUCUUUCCCAGAGGAAGAAUUUGCAUCUGGUGCUACUUGUGUUCAAGAAACAGUGCAAGAAGAAUCUAAAAUAAUGGUCUCACCUGAGCCAAGUGAAGACAGGCUCCACAAUAGCCCUGUUCAGGAUGAGUAUGAAUUUACUGAAUCCCUGAAUUAUGAAGUGGUUACUCAAGAUAUUUUAUCAGAAGAACUACAUUCAGAGUCAUUGUCUGAGGAUGUUUUAUCUCAAGGAAAGGAGUGCUUUGAACACAUCAAUGAAAAUGAAUUUGUGAGUAAGAUGGAACAAGGUAUGUCCGCUGAACAGAAAGAGUUUGGCAGAGAAAGAACAGAACAAGACCAGUUCUCGUCAUCCUUAGUAACUGAGAAGGAGCAAAAGGAAUUGAAAACAUCCCAAACUGACACAUAUUGUUGCACUUGCAAAUGUCCAAUUUCUGCCACUGACAAGAUACUUGGCACCCAUAAUGACCAUGAGGUUUCAACGCUUGACACAGCUAUAAGUGCUGUAAAGGUUCAAUUAGCAGAAUUUCUAGAAAACUUACAGGAAAAGUCCUUGAGGAUUGAAGCCUUUGUUAGAGAGAUAGAAUCUUUUUUUAAUACCGUUGAGGAAAACUGUAGUAAAAAUGAGAAAAGGCUAGAAGAGCAGAAUGAGGAAAUGAUGAAGAAGGUUUUAGCACAGUACGAUGAGAAAGCCCAGAGCUUUGAGGAAGUAAAGAAAAAGAAGAUGGAGUUCCUGCACGAUCAGAUGGUCCACUUUCUGCAGAGCAUGGACACUGCCAAAGACACCCUGGAGACCAUCGUGAGAGAAGCAGAGGAGCUUGAUGAGACCGUUUUCCUGACUGAAAUCAAUGAAAGGUUGCUUUCUGCAAUGGAGAGUACUGCUUCUUUAGAGAAUAUGCCUGCUGCAUUUUCACUUUUUGAACAUUAUGAUGACAGCUCGGCAAGAAGUGACCAGAUGCUGAAACAAGUGGCUGUUCCACAGCCUCCUAGGUUAGAACCUCAGGAACCAAAUUCUGCCACUGGCACAACGAUUGCUGUUUACUGGAGCAUGAACAAAGAAGAUGUCAUUGACUCAUUCCAGGUUUACUGCAUGGAGGAGCCACAAGAUGACCAAGAUAUAAAUGAAUUGGUAGAAGAAUACAGAGUGACAGUGAAAGAAAGCUACUGCGUUUUUGAAGAUUUGGAACCUGAUCGAUGCUAUCAAGUGUGGGUAAUGGCUGUGAACUUUACUGGAUGUAGCCUGCCCAGUGAAAGAGCAAUUUUUAGAACAGCACCCUCCACUCCUGUGAUCCGUGCAGAAGACUGCACUGUGUGCUGGAACAGGGCCACCAUCCGAUGGCGGCCUGCCAACCUGGAGGCCACUGAAACCUACACUCUGGAGUACUGCAGACAGAACUCUCCGGAGGGCCAGGGUCUCAGAUCUUUCUCUGGAAUUAAAGGACUCCAGCUGAAAGUUAACCUUCAACCCAAUGAUAAUUACUUUUUCUACGUGAGAGCCAUCAAUGCAUUUGGGACAAGUGAACAGAGUGAAGCUGCCCUCAUUUCUACCAGAGGAACCCGAUUUCUCUUGUUGAGAGAAACAGCUCAUCCUGCUCUGCAGAUUUCCUCAAAUGGGACAGUGAUCAGCUUCACUGAGAGGAGACGGCUGACAGAAAUCCCAUCGGUACUGGGUGAGGAGCUCCCUGCAUGUGGCCAGCAUUACUGGGAAACCACGGUCAUAGAUUGCCCUGCUUAUCGACUUGGCAUCUGCUCCAGUUCAGCUGUGCAGGCUGGUGCCCUGGGACAAGGGGAGACAUCAUGGUACAUGCACUGCUCUCAGCCACAGAGAUACACGUUUUUCUACAGCGGCAUUGUGAGCGAUGUUCAAGUGACUGAGCGUCCCGCCCGAGUGGGCAUUCUGUUGGACUACAACAACCAGAGGCUCGUAUUCAUAAAUGCUGAAAGUGGACAGCUGCUCUUCAUCAUUAGGCACAGGUUUAAUGAGGGCGUUCACCCUGCCUUUGCCCUGGAGAAACCUGGAAAAUGCACUUUGCACCUGGGCAUAGAGCCCCCAGAUUCUGCAAGGCACAAGUGAUCACUGGCUUUCAGAGUUUGCAAAACAAUCAUUCAAAUAUUGGGGGUUGUUGUUCUUUCCCUUGGGUGCUAUACAUUAUUCAAGACCUCUCCCACACUUUCGCACUAAUGAUCACGGCAUUCAUAGCCAUCAGCAUAUGAGCAAAACCACCAAGAAACCUUGACUUUCUAGAACAGCGUGUGAGUAAAGAGUGGGAAAAACCACCCUUUGACUUAUGUAUGUUUGAGUUCUUCCCUAAAUUACAAGGAAUUAUACCUGACUUGGGAACCAAGAUGGAGAAAUGGACUUCCACCUGUUUUAUUGGUAAAAGAAAUCCUCAGAUGGACGGGUUGAGUGAAGGGAAGAUUGUGCAAGUAAUACAACUCACCUGACAAGAAAUGGACAUUUUCUGCAAGAAAAAUGUCACCUUACUUUACCAAAGGAUGAUAAAUCCUAUCAUUAGAGAGUGUUUUAACCAUUCUAAAUUAAUCAUGAACUCUUUUGUAAUAAUAUGUAGUGUAGAACACGAGUAUCUUUCCCCUGAAGUUUUAAAUGUAGAAAAGUGCUAGAUAUUAGAAAUUUCCAUUUUGUUAAAUAAAUGAUUAG